CGCGAAACUCAUGCUCUUCAUCUUCUGAAUCUGCGUAAAUAUCUCUGAUGUCUAGACUUGCAACUGUUCAAACCAAGCAGAAAGCUACUUGCAAAUUUGCAAGUUGUACCAAUUUCGCGCAACUUUCAUAAAUAGGACAUGGGUUUCUAUCUCGUUGCGUGCCUGUUGCUGACCUGUAUGCCUCUAAUCACUUUCAGACUCUUUGCACGAAGAUCGCCUCUGGAGAUUUGACCUCAGUGCUGCUAGCACAAUCUUCAGAAAUCAAACAUAACGUCUUUCAUGCAAGUGGCCCACUUGUCAAAGAUGCAACUCAUUUCCCCUGUGCUCGACCAAACCAAUCGCAAGACCAAUGCCAUGAAGAACAGUCCUGGACACCUAUCCAAAUUCAACAACUUAGACUAGACUGCAGCCGAUAAGCUAUGUGA